AUUAGUAAUGGCUUUCUUUGUUUACCAAGUGCAUCGUGUCUCGUCGGGGUCAAGAUUAAGCCCAAAUUCGGCCCGAAAAAGCAAAAAAAUCGGCCGAAAUGCAACGUGAGAAGGAGCACUGCAGUCGGCGCAGCAGCGUAGCGAGUUUAACUGACUCGGGAGAGCCGCUCCCAGGCCAGUCUGACUCGCCGCCGGAAAGGUACGUUCCCUUCGUCGUUCUCCCUGUUCAAAUUGACCUACGAGGCUCAUAAUUAAGUCUAAUUUACAUGUUUAACUCGGCCGAAAACGCCAGGUCAGCCAUACAUGCCGUAAACGGGUCUAUUUGAGAUUUUUUUUUUUGAGUGUUGAUUGCCCUCUUAAGAAGGAAAAGGUUGCACUGAUUUGGACAGUUAACAAAAUGCCGUUUGACAUUUUCAAAUAUGAAUUUCGUCAGGUCAGAAAAUUCCUUGAACUGAAAAUCAAUGAGACGGAAAAUCCUGAUCAGAUAGAAAAUGUCAAAAUUUCAAUAACUGAGACCAUAAAAAAAUCACAACUUAUUGACGUUAUUGUCAAGGAAAAUCUGUUGAGAUUGUUUUCGUUACUUGACGACGAGAUCACGUUCGAAGACAGCGGCAGGAAAGGCAAAUUCCAUUUUGCCAAAAGUGAUGCUGACGAGAUUUUAAUAAACGCUUGGGAGAACAGCGAAGAUAUCGCUGUGAGGUUUUUGGAACUAGGAGCAUAUAAGAAUUUGACAGAUUGCAGCUCAACCGCUAUCACAAGAAUGUUUGCAACUGUAAUUAAGAAUAAUUUCGCAAACCUUUUUGAAAAACUGAAUGAACAAUUUUACCACACACAAUUUCCCUUCGCUGACCCAAAACUUCCACACAUUGGACUGUCGUUGUCGGAAUUUUUGUUUUCAAAAUAUACAAACGAAGCGCUUUACGAAGCUUUGGAAUUUGCAGCUGGAGAAAAUCAUCACAAGAUUCUUAAAUAUAUGAUUAAGAAAGGAGUUAUUGACCUUUCUGAAGAAGCUGCAAGCAACACAAUUCAAAAAGCAGUGGACCACAACAGUGUCGAGUGCGUUGACCUUUUUGUUGAUUACGGAUUCAUAACUUCUAGUCUGCGACUUUCUGGUGAAAAGUUUAAUUUAGAUUUAAGCACCGCCAAAGCACUUCUUAAAACAACGUCUGCGUUGGCUGCGGAAUUGGCUCCAAGAAUUUUUGAAUUUGCCUUGGGAAAAUGUGAUUUUGCACUGGCCAAAUACAUUUUGGAAGUAGAUAAAACGAUUGCAGAGGCCACACAUUUUGAAGAUGGCAUGAAUGCUCUGCAAGUGGCGGCAUCAGAAAAAUGGUCAAUGAACCGCACAAACGCAUCAGAAAUGUGCCGGUGGCUAGUGAAUGAUUUAAACUUUGAAAUUGGUUUCAAGGACAAUAAGGGAUGGAACGCUCUUCAUCACGCAGCCGACAGCAUAAAUUUGUAUACAGUUAAAUUCUUAGUUGGGAAAGACCCUGGUAUCAUAACAUCUGUGACCGAUAAAGGGGAGAACGCUGCGCACUUGGCUGCUAAUGCUGGGUUAGGUGGUGGUAAAGUGAUUAAAUAUCUGCAUAGUCGUGAUAAUCAGAUGAUCAAGCAGAAAACAAAGAAAAAUAGAACAGUUCUUCACUUCGCUGCAGCAGCGAAAAACGAAUUGGAAUUGUAUGAGUGGCUUAUAGAAAAAUGGGUUGACUUGGACGCCGUGGAUGAUGAAGGGUUAAACGUGACACACUUUGCUGUAAAUCAGUUUGUUGGCAGUUUAGAUUUGCUGAUAUUCUUGUACAACAAAAAUAAUGAGUUGAUCAAGCAGAAAACGAAUAACGAUACGACGCUACUGCAUUUUGCUGCUGCUAGAGAAGACAACGCAACGAAAAUAAUAAGCUGGUUGACGGACAAGGGUUUAGAUGCAGCAGACGUGGACAAUAGAGGAUGGAAUGCUCUUCACUUUGCAGCGAGUCGCGGCGAAACUAGAAAUCUGCUAUUUUUUCUGAAUGGAAGACCUGAACUUGUCACUGCAUUGACGAAAGAUGGUGAAAAUGUCAUGCAUUUGCUGCAGAACAGAGUAUUCGGAGAAUUCGAAUUACAAGAUCUUGAUUAUUUGAUAAAGAAAGCUCACGGUCUUAAUAAAAACUUGAUUAACCAAAAAACAAAGUCAAACAAAACAGUUCUCCAUCGUGUUGCAGAAACAGGCUUUGUAAAAACAUUUAAACGACUAGUCGGCCUGCGAUUGGAAGUACACGCCGUUGACGAUCAGGGAUGGAACGUAGUGCAUUUUGCUGCGAGUGGAAUAAAUGUGAAAGUGCUCGAGUAUAUCCACGAAAAUUGGCCUGAACUUAAAAACACGGUGACUAAGGAUGGCGAAAACGCGAUGCAUUUAAUGUCGAGUAAUGAAAAGGUAAACGCAAAAAUUUUAAAAAGUUUCAACGGAUUGGGUGGAGAGCUGAUCAAUCAGAGAACGAAGACAAACAAAACGGUGCUUCAUUAUGCAGCACAAGGGGGUAACGAUGGAGUGUGUCGUUGGUUGGUGGAGAAAAUGGGCUUGGAGGUUGACGCCGAGGAUGACAACGGAUGGAACGCUAUGCACUUUGCAUCUCUUACAAACGACUCUUUUGUCACUGCGCUCUUUGUUUAUUUACACAGAAUAUGUCCUGGACUGAUUGAGAGAAGGACGAAGAGAAACGAAACAACGCUGCACAUUGCGGUAAAGCAGAGAUGUGUUCCAAAAGUAACGUGGCUCCUCCAUAAGGGCGUGGAUCCUGCGACAAAAGAUGUAGAUGGCAAAACCGCGUUGGAUCUGGCGCACCCGGAAGACGUUCGAGCUCUGAAUCGGAUCUGCGGUGCUCGCGCCGGUCAGGGAGACGAAGAGGAGCCGCAGUUAGUUUCGAGCAGCGGUGAAAUUUGCACGCAGAGCAAAGACUUUCUGAGCCCAGCAGACUAAAAAACAGGAUCUAAGCAGAUGGCCGGUCGCGGAUGAUGGCGGCGGCGACGACGCUCAGGGUGCCCGGAGGCCAGACCGGCGGCCAGUCCGGGGGCCAGCCGGGCGGCAGCGCCGAGAUGAGCCACGAGGAGCGCGUGCUCGCGUUCAAGAGCGACCCCCAGCUGAUGGAGGCCGCCUCCAGGUUCGUCGCCGACGUGCUCGAAAAGGCCAAGGAGGAAGCCGCCUCCAGGGCCAAAAACAACAGCAAGGUGGAGCGACCUGAUGCAGACUCUGCAGGUUCGCGACGGCUGAAGCGCGGAGGGCCGUGGCACUCGCGGGCGCGCGGCUUCGUGGCGCGGCUGUUCGCAGCCAUCUGCGGCUGCAACUCGGCCACCGAUGUCAAGGCAUGAAUGAGCGACACCCUCGUCCCCUCUCCCGACAAUAAGUGGACAGAGCGAAGCAGCAAAGAUUGAUUGAUCAAACAAGAGUGUGAAUAGAAGUGGCGUGCCCCGAUGAGUGACCCUGACCCCCCUUCCAAGACCGACUCUGUCAUCAUUGUGAUACCAAAUCAAAAUGCACUCAACGUGCAGUAGAUUAUUAUAUGCAACCUUCAUUCCUAAACCGCAGCGCGUUGUGUUUUUGCUUUAGAGGUUGUAAUUGUUGUUGAUUUAUUUAAUUGUUACAUUAAAAUCCAUGCCAUGAUAUUUUGUUUGAAGGGAAAAUUGACAAUUGCGAUAGAUCUCUUCAAGACGAUACUGACGAUAUGUCACACAGAUAGAUUUGAAUAGAAAAAAUAUUUGAAAAUUCCGAAAUCUUUUAAACCCUUUUAAAAAAAAAUGCAAAUAAAUCAGCUAAUUCUCGUUUUAAUUACAAGUGUGGCAUAUCUUUGGAAUUAUCUUUGAUCAGACUUUCAGAAUUUGCAAAAUUUUAUUUUUCCAAAUGUGGAACUUUAAGUUAUGGCAUUUUUUUUUUAUUCUGAUCGUAUUUCGAAAUCCAGAGGUCCAAACAAAUAAGCAUUGUUCAAGUUAGGAGAUUUCGUUUAUUGAUGAAAAGCUCAAAAGACAUUCCGCAAUAGCAAGACUUAUUAAAUUCUCGUAUGUAUUUGACUCGUUUUUUGGAAAAUGUUAUCAAAACUUCCAAUAACACUUCUGGACCACUUAAUUGUAUCAAAAAAUAUCAAAAUCUCUAAAAACUGUUGUAAAUAUAUUUUUCUAAAUGUCCAGCCAAGACGAACGGUAUCGAAAAUCACGCACUUCUCCCCCGAAAUCAUAAAAAUAAGAAAUAAUGAAAAUGUGUUGUUUUGUUGUUAUCAUCAUUGUAGAUUUUAAUGCGCUUAAUUAAAAUUAUAAUUACUAUAAAAAAAUAAGAUAUUUGUGUAGCUAAAUGUGCAAUAAACAGGACAAGCAGAGAGAUGAAAUGUAUGAAAAAAAUAAUUAUGCAAUAUGUAUGAGAGAAAAAAUUAUAAAGUAAUAAAAAUAAAAUUGUCGAUUAAAUG